AACUUGCGCAUGGAAGCAAUGAAAGAAUAAUUAAAAAACAAUUCUUAGAUGCUGAUAAGCAGUUAAUAGAAGCUGAUAAGAUGGAUAAAAAAUUACCAAAUAUCAUACAAAAAAAUUCAGAUCAAAAUAA